AUGUCUUCCACCAAACCGUUCCCAACGCGCAAGCUUGCCGGCGAGGAUGUGUCUGCUAUCGGGUACGGUGCCAUGGGCAUUGGAAACAUAGCAUACGGUACCUCGCAGUCCGAGGACGAACGUUUGAAGGUACGAUUCCGUCCCACCUUCCUCGACGCGCUUUACGAAUCUGGCUGCACGUUCUGGGACACCGCCAACAUCUACGGCGACUCGGAAGACCUGAUCGGAAAGUGGUUCGCAAAGACGGGGCUGCGCUCGAAAAUCUUUUUGGCCACCAAGUUCGGUAUCGGCUUCGAGUUCGAGAACGGUGUAUGCGGUAAACCGGAGUAUGCUCGCCAAAGCUGCGAAACCUCUCUGAAGCGCCUCGGGAUCGACACGAUUGACCUUUACUACUUACACCGUCCGGACCCCACCGUUCCCAUCGAGGAGACCGUCCUUGCCCUGAAAGAACUUGUCAAGGAAGGCAAAGUACGGCACAUCGGUCUUUCUGAGCCCUCUGCCGCGACACUUCGACGUGCGCACGCGAUACACCCAAUUGCGGCUGUCCAGGUCGAAUACUCUCCGUUCACACUCGACAUCGAGGAUCCCAAGAUCAACCUCCUCGCCACUGCUCGUGAACUUGGCGUGAAGAUCAUCGCAUACUCGCCGAUCGGGCGGGGCCUCCUGACCGGACGCUACAAAUCCCCCGAUGACUUCGAGGAAGGUGACUUCCGUAAAAUUGUCGCGCGCUACUCCGCCGAGAACUUCCCCAACAUCCUCCGGCUCGUCGACGGCCUCGCGGAGAUCGGGAAGCGACACGGCGCGACCGCCGGGCAGGUUGCGCUUGCGUGGCUGCUUGCGCAAGGCGAGGACGUGAUCCCCAUCCCCGGAACAACCCAACUCAAGUAUCUCAAAGAGAACCUUGGAGCAGUCGAUGUCAAGCUUACGCCGGAAGAGGUCAAGGAGGUCAAGGAAAUCGCGCAUAAGGCGGACGCGACGCAGGGCGAUCGAUACCCUCCUUUCAUGAUGAAGGCCCUCUUCGCGGACACGCCAGAGUGGAAGGGCGCGGCGUAGUGACGAUUUGAGUCGAGGAUGAAGCAUCGAUGAAGGAUGGGACUUUGUAGUCGAACAGAUGCGCGAAAUCGAACGUGCACACGUAUAUUCUUCUUCUGGCGAGCAACCCUAUAGCGAUGGAUGCAACCGUGAAUGCAUAUGAU